AUGGCUUCGCGGCACCUCACCAUGGACGAGCUCAACAAGGCCGCCCUCGAGCAGUUUGUCUACCAGCCCGUCAGCCGCGAAAUGAUUUCUUUCCUCGCCGACGCCGCCCACAACGUCAUCACCUGCGACUCGACCGUCCUGUCUCCAGCUUCGUCCAAGGGCCAAGACCUGCCGCCGACCCCGCCGAGGAGUCCCGAUUCGCGAUCCGUCCGACCUGUUGAAGACGGCCUGCCGACUCUUGAGGAGUUCAUCACUCAACUCGUCGUCUCCUCUAAUGUCCAGGUCCCCACGCUCAUGUCGACGCUCGUCUACUUGACGCGGCUCAAGUCGAAGCUGCAGCCCAUGGCUCGCGGCCUCCGGUGCACCACCCACCGCAUCUUCCUGGCCGCGCUCAUCUUGGCUGCCAAGUACCUCAACGACAGCUCACCCAAGAACAAGCAUUGGGCCAACUACACCCACAUCAACACCGACAUGUACAGUUUCGGCUUCAACCGCACCGAGGUGAACCUCAUGGAGAAGCAGCUUCUCUUCCUUCUCGAGUGGGAGCUGCGCAUCUCGGAGCAGGAUCUGUAUCGGGAGCUGGACUCCUUUCUCGAGCCAUGCCGCAUCAGGAUUGCCGAACGACAUGCGCGCAAGUUGCGCCAGCGGGAGGAGAAGCGCCGCCAGCAGGAGAUUUACGCUGCCGCCACCCGCUAUCCGAGCCCAGCCUCGUCCCGAGGCAAUUCGCGGUCCCGCAACACGAGUCCCGAUCACCUCCGUGCCGCAAGCGGAGGCUCUGUCACGCCACCCGGCCUCACCUACAGCAGCUCGGCCAGCUCAUACGCUUCCUCGAUCGCCUCGAGCCGACAGCAGUCCCGCUCCAACACCCCCUUGGGCUCCGACGGCGAGGCGUACUCGUACACCGGUCGCCAGGGCAGCCUCUACGGGUCCCCGGUCGUCAUUGACACCGACAUGGCCAAGGCUGUCCCCGCCCCCUCGAGUGCGCGGAUGUUGCCGUACGAGAUUUCCGUCGAGCAGUACCACGAGCUUCAUGAAGGCCCAGCCAAGAAGCGUCACAAACGGGGCAUGUGGGGACGACUUCUCGGCGGCGCCGUUGCCGUUCGAUGA